AUGGAUAGGCAAGCCGAGGAACAGCACGCUAGAUUAGAACCACAGAAAUUGGAAACUUUAAAAUCAAUGACGAGAACUGAGAGUCCUACAGGAAGUUCUAGAGUUAGACUUGACGAUAUCGAGAGUCGAAACUUUACAUUGGAAGAAGAGGUAGAGUUCGAGAAUGCUGAUUUAGAAAAAGCAAAAGCAGAAUAUGACGAAAAAAUGAAGAAAAUGCGAGGUGUAUUUAACGCUGCAAACAAAAGUUUGAAUGAGUUGAGACAAACAGUGGCAGCGAAAGAUUUAGAAAUUGGAGAGUUGAAAGCGACUGUAGAAAGUUUAAAGGAGGACGAUGAAAAAAUGAAAUUAUCUGUUGAUCAAAGCCAAAAAUCAAUAGAAAAACUUACUACGGAACUGCAUAGCCAGACUGCUAUGUAUAAUACUCAAAUAGAACAGUUGGAAUCCAAACUUCGGCAGUCUACGCAACAAAAUAUUCAGUUAAAAUCGGAAUUUCAGCAAUAUAAGACGCGAGCGCAUGCUUUACUCGGACAAAUGAGUUCAGGUGCAAAGAAUUUAGAUAAUGGUACUGAUGUAUCGGAAUUAAUCGCCAUUAACAAAAGAUUAGAGUCUGAUUUAAGUCAAAGAAUAGUCGAGCUAAAAUGUGCACAAGAUAAAAUUUUGGUACUUGAGAAAGAUCUUAAACAUUCGUUUGAUACAAAUGGAAAACUUGAAAAAGAACUCGAGGAGGCGCAAAAAUCUGCGAAGGUGGAUACCGAAGAAUUGCAUGCGACUCAGGAACAUAUUCAAAGUCUUUUAGAAAAAAACCAAAGUUUGAAAGAAGCCUUGCAUGAAGCCGAAGCGCGAUAUACGGCUAGUAUCAACGAUUUUAAUGAAAGGUUAUCUGCAUCAACUGAAACCAUUCAAAAAAAUCUCAAGCAGAAACAAGAAGAGAAUGAACAAUUACAAUUAAUAUCUGAGAAUCUUAGCGAGGAACUGACGCAGUUACGAUCAGAAUUAUCAAACCGUUCUGAACAAAUAGACGAGUUGCAGAAACAGCUUUCUAUUGCUUCUGCUGGAAGAAUUCAAUCUGUCUGUAGCCCUUCUCGACGGGAUGAUAGUCGGUCGGCUUCACCCUCGUCUGUAACACAUAGUCGUCAAAGUUCUACAUAUAAUUAUUCAUUGUCGGAUCUACUGGCCGAUGCAGGAGAGCGUACUACGAUAGUGUCAUCUACUUUAAAUAUGUCCGAUAGGGAACAAGAUUACGCUUUGAAGUUGCAUCAUAUGGCGGAAAUGCUGAAUGAGAGUGAAGCUCAUGUACAGCGGCUAAUUGAGCAAGAAAAGAUACUAAAAGAAGAACUUCGUAAGUUAGAUCGAUUAGAGAAACGACAAGAUUUAAAUGUAGAAUAUUUGAAAAAUGUGGUUUUGAAAUUUUUCGAAACAGAUCCAUCGGAUCGUGAGUCUCUGGUUCCCGUAAUAUCAACAAUAUUACAACUAAGCCCAGAAGAAAUACAGAGUUUAAGAGAGAAUGCCUUAAAUGCUGCAGAUAGCAGCCAA